AUGGCUGUCAAACAAACGAUCCAACGUAUCGAUCGCGGGGACGAGGCUGCAAUUAUUCAAGCCCUCAUCGAGGAUGGCUGUUGUGUUAUCAAGAAUUUCACAGAUACCGAGACCGUGAAUCAGGUGAAUGCCGAAGUUCAGCCUUACCUUGACCAAGAUAAGCCAUGGAAGGGCGAUCUCUUCCCCGAAGAAACUCGAAGAUGUUCCAAUCUCGCUGGUCGCAGUAAGACAGCCAGAGAAACAUGGCUAGUGGACAGCCUGAUCCGAACCUUGACGGCCAAAUUUGUGGAUAAAACAACAUCCAACUUCUACGGCGAGACCAAGCACACCUACACCAGUGAAGCAGUGUGCUCCAUUGCCAUGACAUUCGACAUCGGCCCAGGCGCCAAAGCUCAACGACUACAUCGAGAUGACAAAAACUUUCAUGUAGAUCAUCAGGACCAAACAGCAACGGGCUAUCGAGUCGGCUCAGACGUGAUGAUGGCGUUCAUGGUCCCAGGAGUACAGACCACCGUGGAGAACGGGGCCACUUUGGCCAUCCCAGGAAGUCAUCUCUGGGGCUCCGAUCGUGCCCCAAUGAUGCAUGAGGCGGGUGCGGCCCAGAUGGAUGUGACUGAUUGCUGGGUUAUGUUGGGUGGACUUUAUCACGCAGGAGGGGCAAAUAUGACAGCGACAGAACGGCGGAAAUUGCAUGGAAUGUUCUUUACGCGUGGGUUCCAUCGGCAAGAAGAGAAUACUUACCUCGCAAACUCUGCAGAUGAAGUUUUAUCUUGGUCACCUGAGGCCCAAAAGGCCAUGGGCUAUGAGCUGUCUAGCCCUAACAUCGGAUUUGUCGGCUUUCAGCCCCCUUUGGACUACUUGCGUGGAGCAGGGGUUGAGUCGUUUGGGGAUUUUGAUCUCUCACAGGAGAGAAAGUCAAAGGAGGCUGUAUCGGCUUGA